AUCGCAUUUUUUCAAGUGGAACUUCGAGCUUUUCAACCACUGUAAACAACCAUCAUUAUAAGUUUUUAAACCAUGGUUUGGGCACUGCUGACAUUGCUGUUCGUUGUUGGUUCUGGAGAUACGAAAGAAUUGUUUCGAUCAGACUAUGUACAGKCGAUCAGACCACGCUCGAAUACCGAUUGGGGUAUAUGGGCUGAAAUAGACUGGUGUUGUGCCGGGGAUUAUGCCUACGGAUUCCAACUAAAAGUGGAGCCAGAGAACGGUGAUAACACUGCUGUCAAUGGUAUUCGUCUGUUUUGCAAUCGAAGUUACGACGGAAUUCCAGGACGAACCGGAAUCCAUUCCGCUGUUGGUCCAUGGGGAGCAUGGGGAGAUUCUUCUUACUGCCCAGGAACAUCCUAUCUAACUGGAGUUGCGAUGAAGUCGCAGCCCCCGCUGGGUAGCGGAGAUGACACCUCUGGCCGUGUCACACUGGCAAGUUACGACGGAAUUCCAGGACGAACCGGAAUCCAUUCCGCUGUUGGUCCAUGGGGAGCAUGGGGAGAUUCUUCUUACUGCCCAGGAACAUCCUAUCUAACUGGAGUUGCGAUGAAGUCGCAGCCCCCGCUGGGUAGCGGAGAUGACACCUCUGUGAAUAAUUUCCGAUUUGCUUGUGAACAACCAAAUUCGCUAGCUACGUCACUCACCGAUGUGAAUGCUCCUGAUCGAGGCUCAUUUACUCAGCAAGAGGACUGCCCUCCAAAGUCAGCUAUUUGUGGAGUGAAAACUCAAGUCGAAUGCAAACAAGGGAGUGGCGACGAUACUGCUCUUAACGGAGCAAUUUUUUAUUGCUGCAGCACUGAUAAAGGAUUGCGAUAACCGCAUUACUUCAUCUAAAAUGUUCAUUACUAAAACGAAUUGUACAGGUGAUAUAUCGCAUGUAUGAAGCAUUUAUGAAUAAAGGACGCAUUGGAAAUAAA